AUGCCGGAAAGAACGAAGCAGUCAGCCGAGAUACUGGGCGAGGCAGGCGAGCCCAGAGGGCACGAUGACGCACUUCAAUCUUCGCUUUCAUACCGUGCAUUCAACAUCGAAUUGGACAGCCUCCUUCCUUAUGAAGAAUUCUUCGACAGCACCUUUUCGUACGACUGGACCGAUGGCGUUGUGGACCAUGUGCCUUCUCUAGAUAAUCACGGGGAUCGAUCACGGUCUAGAUCUCCUGCUGUACUGAGUCAUGAUCAGGCCCAGGGUGACACCCUGCGAGAUGAUGGAUCGUCUCCUACACGGUCUGUUCGAGGGGAGACCGUCGAAAGAUCCAAGAGCGUCGAAGGUGUUCCAAUCGAGCAGAGCGAACUUCUUCACUUCACACCACUGCCUCAAAAAAGUUCGGUGGUCGAUUGCAACUGGGAGCCGGUCCCUAUCUCAAUCGCAGCAGAGCUGCAAGGCAACUUCUUUCUUGCGACUCCGGAGCCAAACAGUACCGCUGGGCUCACCUUCUCCCGUCGCAACCUGUUCCGGAUCGCUGGCUCCAUUUCAAAGAUACCAAGACCCUGCUAUUUUAUCGAUGAUAAUGGAGGCAGAACAGCCAUCUUGAAUGCCGAUGUCUGCGUCACUGGUACCGAAUCGAAGGAGGGAAAGAAGAUAGAUGUUAUUCAAGUACCAUGGAAGACCACAGCACCUCCGACCUCGCCACUUGUACGAAACACUUCCGCUCCUGGCCAUCACAUAAUACCGUUGGAACUAGGGUCAAACACGCAGAUCUCUUCCGGGAAGACGACGCUGCCCUUCAUGUGGAAAAGACUUCAAUUCAAGAACUCGACAGCAAACAACGGUCGGCGCAACGGCGUACAGCAGAAAUAUCGUCUGAAGUUGACACUUACAGCAAAUCUAGCGACUGGCGAGAAGGUGUCUCUCCUUGAGGCCGAAACUGGUGCUAUCAUUGUCCGUGGCAGGAGUGCUUGGACCUCCGCGAAAAGUGAAGAGCCCAACCCUUCCGUACGGGAGCAGCGUCUCGCUAGUCAAGUCGUAACCAGAAGGCCCCGAAAGGCUUUCCGCACUGGCGAUCCGAUCUCACCGAAUGAGAUCACAUCAAGGAUUCCUUCAAAUCAUACCGCGGCUGCGACGCCAGUGGGCUCACGUCUCAAAGACAGAUCGCUGAUUCCCUCGCUCAGGCUAGACUCGGAAAUGGGGGCCCUGGACUCAGCCACUGUUCCUGAGCAGACCCCUUCGCUGUACAGUAGGCCUAAGAGUGCCACUUCCAUGCAGAAGACCCUUGACCACAGGGCUACUGGGGAACCUCUUACGGACAACAAUGUACAUGUCGGAGAAUCGUCUAACAAAAAGUCGAGUACGCGCAAGGCAUCACCUUCGAGCAAUUUGGACCCAGACCCAUUGUAUGAGUAUUUCCCUUUGGGUAUCGAAGGAUGGAUGCCUCCUGUGGGCGCUGUUUACAGACCUCAUGUUGCGCAUAAUACCUCUUUGGCACCUGAUCUACAGGCUCUGGUCGAUAAAGGAGGCCUUUCUUGGACAGGCCCACAAGCUGGAAAGCCGAGCAAUUGGUCAUGA